CCACCCGAGAAGAAGCGGAGGAAGUUGCAGGGCUGCUUUGGACAUGUCGCCGUGAAAACCUCUGGGGGCUGUUCCCCCAGCAGUGCCCCGGGGCUGCGCUCGGCGCCCCGCGGCAGAGAUGCUGAGCGGCGGCGUGGGAAAGCGGCGACGAGCAUGAAGGCGGCAGGAUGGGCGCGAACAAUGGCAAGCAGUACGGCAGCGAGGGCAAGGGCAGCUCAAGCAUCUCAUCCGACGUGAGUUCAAGUACGGAUCACACACCCACCAAAGCCCAGAAGAAUGCAGCUACCAGUGAAGAUUCCGACCUGAGCAUGCGCACGCUCAGCACGCCCAGCCCAGCAUUAAUAUUUCCACCGAAUUCCCCUGGGUUCCAAAAUGGCAGAGGUUCAUCCACGUCUUCCUCCUCCAUCACUGGGGAAACUGUUGCCAUGGUCCAUUCGCCGCCUCCAACCCGUCUCACCCAUCCUCUCAUCCGGCUGGCAUCCAAGCACCAGAAGGAGCAGGCCAACAUAGACCGGCUGCCCGACCACUCCAUGAUCCAGAUCUUCUCCUUCCUGCCCACCAACCAGCUGUGCCGCUGCGCCCGUGUGUGCCGCCGCUGGUACAACCUGGCCUGGGACCCGCGCCUUUGGAGGACUAUCCGCCUGACCGGCGAGACAAUCAACGUGGACAGGGCUCUCAAAGUGCUGACCCGGAGGCUUUGUCAGGAUACUCCCAACGUAUGUCUCAUGUUGGAGACGGUAAUUGUUAGUGGCUGCAGGCGGCUCACAGACAGAGGACUCUACACCAUUGCCCAGUGCUGUCCAGAACUGCGGAGGCUGGAGGUGUCUGGCUGUUACAACAUCUCCAAUGAGGCAGUCUUUGAUGUCGUGUCACUGUGCCCAAACCUGGAACACCUGGAUGUGUCAGGCUGCUCCAAGGUAACGUGCAUCAGUCUGACUCGCGAAGCCUCCAUCAAGCUGUCUCCCUUGCACGGGAAGCAAAUCUCCAUCCGCUACCUGGACAUGACAGACUGCUUUGUCCUGGAGGACGAAGGACUGCACACCAUUGCCGCCCACUGCACUCAGCUGACCCACCUGUACCUGCGCCGCUGCGUGCGCAUCACCGACGAGGGUCUGCGCUACCUGAUGAUUUACUGCACGUCCAUCAAGGAGCUGAGCGUCAGCGACUGCCGCUUCGUCAGCGACUUCGGCAUGCGGGAGAUCGCCAAGCUGGAGUCGCGGCUGCGGUACCUGAGCAUUGCUCACUGCGGCCGCAUCACGGACGUGGGCAUCCGAUACAUAGCCAAGUACUGCAGCAAGCUGCGCUACCUCAACGCGCGGGGCUGCGAGGGCAUCACGGACCACGGCGUGGAGUACCUCGCCAAAAAUUGCACAAAACUCAAAUCGCUGGACAUCGGCAAGUGCCCUCUGGUCUCAGACACCGGCCUGGAGUUUCUAGCCCUCAACUGCUUCAACCUAAAGCGCCUGAGCCUGAAAUCCUGUGAGAGCAUCACUGGGCAGGGCCUGCAGAUCGUAGCUGCCAACUGUUUUGACCUGCAGAUGUUGAACGUGCAGGACUGCGAAGUCUCUGUGGAUGCUCUGCGAUUUGUUAAACGACAUUGCAAGCGCUGUAUUAUAGAGCACACCAACCCUGCUUUCUUCUGAAGGGACACCCCACACCUGUCAUUGCAAUGCAGUAUUAAAAACACUGAUGUAUAAACACACGCUCCCAUAUUCAGUAAUGCUGUCUUUUCUGUCGCUCACGGGAGUCAGUUUUUCUUGUACCUUAUGGGUGAGGGGGGUUUCUAGAGGACUGUUUUGUUUGCUUUUUUGUAUGAUCAUUUUUGAAGGUGCCGUGGGUCUCUGUAGAGAGGCUGCCUUAAUGCAAACGCAAUGAGUGCUCAGCAUCCCCAGUGGGAUGUCGUUUCCAUAAGAGCCAUGAUCUUGUCCCAGGCUACAGUAGCUGCCUCCCAAGGAAAUAGCACAUCACCCCUCCUUCGGAAAUACUACUAAGCUGUGUCAAAUACAUCUGAAUUCUAGCUGGGCUCAUGAAGCUGACUAUGCAAUAUUGUGUCUGUGUUCCCCAACUUUUUCCAAUAUAGCUGAUAAAGCAUCUUCUUGUCUCCAAGUAGUUUCUUUUUGGUAGUCAUCCAUUGUAUUCCCUCAGGAAAUGUUCUUAAACAUACUCAUUUGAGGGAGAGUUAGACCUGCUGGCCAUUGCUGAGCACUUCUACAGAGUGAAUCUGGAGAUUGUGCCCAUGCAUAGAUUUUCUUGGGAAGCCCACCUCCAGGUCACUUCUACAUCAUCUCUACUUGCCUUCAUUUCUAAAUUUUUCCUCUCCUGCAUGUGUAGUACCACUCUCUGGUAGUUGACAGGGACUUCUGGCUCUGAUAAGCAGUGGUGUAUUCACCUGAGUGGAGGAGAACAAAUGAGAUAUUGGUGGCCUGGCAAAAGGAAAAGCCUCCAAACCAGCCUGAGAUGCUGCUGUAAUUCUGCAGCGAGCUGAGAUAGUACUGUAGGACAGCAGAGAGGCUCUGAGGCAUUGUGGAGCAGCUUGCACAGGGCAGUCCCAAGUGCUGUGCUGUGCAGCUGUCACCAGAAAGUCUGGCUUUGUCCCUUUGCUGUACCUUUUCAGCAGCUGUGGCACCACUGCAGUGGAUGCUCCCUGAGCUAACCAGGCACUUGCAUUGAGGUAAAGUUAGUGUGUGCCUUAAUACACUUGGAAACCUGACCCUUUUCUGUGGCCUUCCAGUUCAAAGGGUAGAUGGCUGAUCUCAAGACUUCAAAGACCUUAGCCUGAUGUUAGAUAACACCCCUGGGGACAGAGGGGCUUGGAGUGUUAUUAGACUUAGAUUUUUUGAGGCUUUGGCUGCAUGUGUUCCCUUAGGCUGGAGAUGCAGCUGCGUUCAACAAAGAAUUAAACAGCAGAGCUGCCCUGUGACACUGGGAGCUCCUGGUACUCUCAUGGUCACUCUUGCUCUUACAUGAGCAGGAGUGUUUUGGAAGUCCCCCAUCUCCUUGGCUCCUUCCCCAGAGUGUGCGGUUGAGUCAUGGUUACUUUCUUCACAAUUUUCUGGCAGCUGUUCCUCUGCAUUUUCGUAUGUAAUGCUGUGAAAGAUCUGAAGGCCAGGCACGUGAGGGGUGAUGAUAUUUUCAGGCAGGCCCCCUGUGCCUGACUGACAGGUGAGUUCUUAUGUUCAGCUCAAGCGUUCUAAGUGUCUCAUAAGAAGGGAAGCGCCGUGUCUGGUUUUCAUAAGCAAUAGUUCCAUCAUCUCCAGACAACACUAAUAAAAUCAGUGGUAUGAAGUGAAAAUCAAUAUGCUCAAGAAAAACACGUAACUGCUGAGGAAAUACUUAUAACAAUACUUUCUCAAGUUGCACCAAAAAAAAAAAAAAAAAAAAAGGUUAAUGAUUUGGUCAUGUCCCUGGGGAGGGAACUUGUCCGUCCUACUGCUGCAAAAAUUUCUGUAAUUUAUGUGUGUUCCACCAAUUCUGGAUUUUUUAAUACAAGAUGGCAUCAGCACUGAAUUAUAAAUUAGGUUAUACUAAAUCAAAGAGGGCCAGGGAAAAUGAAUUUGUCAUUGCUACUGUUACUGGUCAGUGACUAAUAUGAAGUGAUACCAUCCCUUGGACCAUUAAUUUCAUUUUGGUUUUCUUUUCCAUAUUUCUAAAGUAAGAGAUUCUUCUCCAGCAAGUAAUACAGUAUAUUUUAUCCAAGCCAUCUAUACUCUCUGUUUAUCCUUUAUCUAAAAAUGGCCUCAAGGAAUUUAAAUGUUGAGCCCUGAGGAUGGUGGGAUUUUGAGCCAUUUGCACUCAUGAAAUAUAAGGCCUCACUAGUAACAUUUAAUUGUUUAUUAAAAAAAAAGCUACUUUUCUGGCUAUGUUAAAUUGAGUGAAUAGUGCUACAUGGUUUUUAAAGUUUCUAAUGUUUAAAUUGGCCUGUACUGUACAAAUCUCACUAUAAAGCCUUAAUUUGCUACCAAGAAAUAAAGCAAUAUAUUGGUAACUGA